AUGUCUGAUUCUCCGCGAGAAGACAUACAUUCGCCACGGCAGCAGCAGAGCGCACCCAAUACAGAGCUAAAUGCAGGCACCGCCGGCGUUCCGACAAGACGGGAAACCUUGACGCCCUCAAGUAGCUCUAGAGCACCUGAAGCUAAGGCUUCGGGAGAAAAAGUCUGGAUUCCUCGGGCUUCAACGCGAAUAAGGCCCUUCACACGUAUCCGAACGAAGCACGCCUGUGAAGCCUGUCGAAGGCGGCGAAUAAAGUGUGAUGGAGGCCGACCCGUGUGUCAAGGUUGCGCGGCAACUGGUACGGAAUGCGUGUAUUCUGAUCAUAAAAGAGCUCGAGACACACAAGAGAUGAAGUCUUUAAAAUCCACGGUGGAUAAAUACGAGCAUCUGUUGCGCGAUCUUUUACAUGAGGUCCCCUCAAGUGCUGCAAAACGAAUCAAGUUGAAUUUAACACCAGCGGUAUCUUCUUCGCAAAGCCGCCAUCCGUCUGUAUCAAGUUCGUCGACCUCGUCAGCUGGCUCAGUUACGGGAAUCGACACGAUAGGCGAGGAUCUCAAUAGAGAUGAACAGUCAAGGGCUACAGGUUUCAUGGGCAAAAACUCCGUUCUCGCCUGGCUACGGAACUUAGAGUCAGACAGCGGAUUCCGGGCGUCAACAGAACAGAGUAUGGAAAUGAUGGGUGGUUUGCAGGUUAAUCGGGCUCACUCCUCACAUUUUGAUGGCAGCAAGGCCAGCUAUUUUUUAGACGAUAAACAACUCCCAACAUCCCGAUUCGUCGAUUCACUUACACUGCCGCGCAGACAGCUAGCCGAUUGGAUCUUGACAUCAUAUUUCACAUCUGUACACACAUUCUUCCCCAUUGUUCGCGAAAAUCUGUUCCGCGAACAAUAUAGAAACUUGUGGGGAGCCGUCAGCCCUAGGCCUGGACGGAAGUGGCUGGCAAUAUUCAAUAUGAUUCUCGCUAUCGGUUGCAGGCAAUUGGGAUUUCAAGGACCGUUGCCGAUAGACGUGAAGGAUGAGAUAUUCUUCUCCCGCGCACGAACCUUGAGUGUAAACGAAAACAUGGCAUUCGAACACGCAGACCUACAGCAAGUCCAGGUUGAAGCACUUGUAGGGCUGUACUUUGUGGUUUCCACACAGAUUAAUAGAGAGGCCCGUUCCCGGCUCUGGUGGUCUAUCUACGUGCUGGAAAAUCUCCUGUCACAUAUGACAGGUCGGCCUACUUGCAUAGGCAGCGCGGCAUUCUCAGUCGAGCCACCUAUGCCCUUUAAUGAGGAUAUGUUUGAGCACCCAAAAGCGGUCGAGCUGCUAACAGACGAACCUCUUCGCCGACGAUGUCUCAAGUGGUCAUUAGAUGAACAGGACAGUAAAGACGAGCUUCAGCAUUCUUGGCUUCAUGAAAUUGAACCGAAUCAGGGUCUUCAGUUUUAUUAUCUAGUUGACCUGAUUCAUAUAGUAGACAUUGCCAUUGGCGAGCUGUUUUCUCCCACAGGGUUCCAAGCAAGCCGGUCUUACAUCAAGCGGCGAAUUCAGUUCUAUGACCAGAGAAUAGACUUUUGGCUAUCAGGACUGCAUCCCUCAUUCCGCUUCACCGACGAACAUUGCAAUCCGGCAUUGCAAAAUCUAUCGCAGGAACAAACUGUUUUGGCACUGCAUCAUUAUAGCGCACGCAUCGUUCUAUAUCGGCCAUGCUCCCCUUUCCGUAAAUACGACUCCUCGAAAGAGAAAGAAUAUCACUACAUCAGUCAGCGCUGUUUACACUCCGCACUUUCUCUGAUUUUCAUUUUCCCGGAAACGGUCAGCCUAGAUUGGGUUUAUAACUUAUCUCCAUGGUGGUGCAUUCUUCACUUUUUGAUGCAGGCGAGCACGAUCCUCAUCAUAUUCUGCCAGAGCGGCGACGAGUUAUAUUCCGAACGUCAGAAUUGUCUUGAGAACGGCUAUAUUGGUGAGAUUAAUAGCAACCAGAUCAUUAAUGCUUGCCGGAAGGCACACAGCUGGCUACAUGCUUUAUCUAACGUAGAUGAAUCUUGCCGCCGUGCCUUUCUGCUUUACGAUGGUCUCACCCGGCGUAUUGGGCUGGACGUAACACCACCCUCUACAUCCACGCCACACAAGAUGUCUUCCGGAUACGAGUACGGUAUGCCAAUUUCCAAUGCAGAAUUUAACCAGCAACCAUAUAUGCAAGGCUGGUCUCCGCAGCAUGCUGCUAUGGCAUCAGAUGCCUAUACAACGCGAAGAGAUUUUCCUAUACCCGGGGAUCCAAGACACUCCGACACAGUUUCAUCCAUCAACUUGGGCAGUACUAACACCCCUGGUCCUCUGGACGCGAUUGAAUCAGAAGAUAUGGGUGACAAUAUUAUUGGCAUGACCACGGAUUUAAUGACGGAUAACUAUACUCAAUGGAUUAGGGCAGCUUUGGACCAAGAUAGCCUUAUGAACCUUGCGUAA